GCCUCUCCCCUGCAGAGAGGAGGAAAGCCUGCUUCGGAACAGCCCUGGACAAAGGGGCUGAGAUGCCCCAUCAAACCGCAGUCUCCAAGGUUUGAAACAAGGGGAUGAAUCCUAUACGGUAUUUGCAGUUUUUAACCCCUUCCCCAGGCUGGCAGUGCCCCUUAACUUCCACUCCUCCCCCAACUCUCUCUUCAUUCCCUCUCCCUCUGGCUCUCUCCCCCUUUGUGCCCCUCCCCCUCUGUCUGUCUCCAGACUCUGCUGCUGGGAGGUGUUUCUCUCCCAUGCAUGAAUGAGUCUCUGUAAUGAAUGGAAAUGAAUGGAUCAGGAAUCCAGGCGGAGGGAGGGAGGAUGAGGGGAAAAGACAGAAAGACAGAGUAAGGGCAGAAGGAAGGACUGUGGACACUGGAGGGAUGUUUGGCUGGCUGGUCACUUAGGGGUCUGAGAGCAACUGGUCCCACAUCAAUAACCGGGAAGCACAGCAAGCCCACCUCAUUUGCUCAUCAAGUUGCACAGCCCAACCCAAAUGGGAGAGGGGUAUACUAUGCUGGUCUCCCCCACCACCAGGGGGUGGGUGGUGGUGGUGGUCGUUCUGGACCAGACAUUUUAAAUGUAAUGGGGGGGGAUCUGGGUUAUCAGGGAGCAUUAUGGGCUUGGCAAAUCAAGGGGUACAGUUUUUGAGGGCAGCCGCCCCCUUGUGCCUCAGGAUGCAAGUAGGGAGAAAGUAUAGCUUUGAAGAAUACAGGGUGCUAAGAGUCUGGGAUGGGGAUGACUCUUUCAACUGCUAAAAAUCAGGGCUCAUCUUUUCCUCCAAAUCUGUCUCUCUCGCUUUAGCUCCUCAGCACCUGUUGCCUUCAUUAGCAGCUUUUCCUCCUCUUCCCUGCACUCCCCAGAACCAAAGAAUGUGAAGGGGGUCCAUGGAGGGUUCACGUCCCCGCGCCCUGGGCGGCCACUUAGCGCCAUCGCCGCAGGCCUUCGACGGCGAGCUGGAUCUGCAGCGCUACUCCAACGGGCCAGGCGUGAGCGCGGGGUCGUCUGGGAUGGGAGCGGUGGGCUGGUCUGAGAGUCGUGCAGGCGAACGGCGCUUCCCCUGCCCUGUAUGCGGGAAGCGCUUCCGCUUCAACUCUAUUCUGGCUUUGCACCUGCGGGCGCACCCAGGUGCCCAGGCCUUCCAGUGCCCUCACUGCGGCCACCGCUCAGCGCAGCGGGCUUUGCUGCGCUCGCACCUGCGCACGCACCAGCCUGAGCGCCCACGUAGUCCCGCUGCACGCCUGUUGCUGGAGUUGGAGGAGCGCGCCCUACUACGCGAGGCCCGACUGGGGAGAGCCCGAAGCUCAGGAAGCAUGCAGGCCAUCCCUGCCACUGAGGGCCUGGUGCGGCCCCAGGCUUCUUCGUCGUCCACCUUCCGUUGCCCCUUCUGCAAAGGCAAGUUUCGCACCUCGGCGGAGCGCGAACGCCACCUGCACAUUCUACACAGGCCCUGGAAGUGCGGCUUAUGCAGUUUCGGCUCCAGCCAGGAGGAGGAGCUGCUGCACCACAGCCUGACGGCCCACGGGGCUUCCGAGCGCCCCCUGGCGGCCACCUCCACUGCGCCCCAGCCCCAGCCUCCACCCCAGCCCGAACCCAGAUCGGUCCCCGAGCCGGAGCCGGAGCCCGAGCCCGACCGUGAGGCCACCCCGGCCCCAGCUCCUGCAGCUCCUGAGGAGCCCCCAGCACCUCCGGAGUUCCGCUGCCAAGUGUGCGGCCAGAGCUUUACACAGUCCUGGUUUCUCAAAGGCCACAUGCGCAAGCACAAGGCCUCCUUCGAUCACGCAUGUCCCGUGUGUGGCCGCUGCUUCAAGGAGCCCUGGUUCCUUAAGAACCACAUGAAGGUGCACGCCAGCAAGCUGGGCCCACUGCGUGCCCCGGGGCCUGGAUCUGGGCCUGCUCGAGCCCCCCAACCCCCUGACCUGGGCCUGCUGGCCUAUGAGCCGCUGGGCCCCGCACUCCUCUUGGCCCCGGCGCCCACCCCGGCCGAGCGCCGUGAGCCCCCAAGCCUCCUGGGCUACCUGAGCCUGCGAGCUGGCGAAGCCCGACCCAAUGGCGAGGGCGCCGAGCCUGGGGCCGGCCGCAGCUUCGGAGGCUUCCGCCCGCUGCCCUCCACUCUCCCGGCCCGGGCCCGCCGGCACCGCGCAGAAGAGCCGGAGGAGGAAGAGGAGGUGGUGGAGGCGGAGGAGGAGACCUGGGCCCGGGGCAGGUCGCUGGGCCCUCUGGCUUCCCUGCACCCGCGCCCGGGCGAGGGGCCAGGGCACUCUGCGCCUGCCGCGGGGGCCCAGGCAAGGUCGACCGCCACGCAGGAAGAGAAUGGGCUGUUGGUAGGAGGGACCCGGCCUGAAGGGGGUCGGGGGGCCACCGGCAAGGAUUGUCCCUUCUGUGGAAAAUCUUUCCGCUCAGCGCAUCACCUCAAAGUGCACCUGAGAGUACACACAGGCGAGCGCCCCUACAAGUGUCCGCACUGCGACUACGCGGGCACCCAGUCUGGUUCGCUCAAGUAUCACCUGCAGCGUCACCACCGGGAGCAGAGGAGCGGGGCAGGCCCUGGGCCACCCCCAGAGCCGCCGCCCCCUUCCCAGCGGGGUUCGGCCCCUCCAUCCGGAGCCAAGCCGGCUUCGCAGCCUACGAUCUGGGUGGAGGGUGCCGCAAGCCCUGGGCCUCCUUCGAGUGGCGCCGGGCCAGGGUCGCGUAGGAAGCCCGCCAGUCCCGGGAGGACCCUGCGCAACGGGCGAGGCGGUGAGGCCGAACCCCUGGACCUGUCCCUGCGGGCGGGGCCGGGAGGCGAGGCCGGGCCAGGGGGUGCCCUCCACCGCUGCCUCUUCUGCCCCUUCGCCACUGGAGCCCCUGAGCUCAUGGCCUUGCACCUGCAAGUGCACCACAGCCGCCGGGCUCGGGGCCGUCGGCCGCCCCAGUCUGACGCGUCCCCGCCCUAUGCCCGUGCACCAUCAAGAGAGACCCCUCCCAGUCCUGUGCAGGAAGGGGAAGAGGGCCUAGGGCUGUCGAGAUCCGGAGAGGCGGGGCUGGGGGGGCAAGAACGGUAGGGAGCCCUCUUAGAGGAGGUUAGCUUAGUGAGCUUACCCCGCCGGAGCGGGGAGCGCUAGAGGUAGUUGGGUAGAGCAGCCAGCAGGGGGCAGCGUGGGACCCAUAUCCCAGCCCCAGGCGGACCAGAGGUGGAGGGGGCGGCGGGUGUAGGAGCGUUGGGCGGGCGGUACUUACCCAGCCCAAGGGAGUCACAGUGCCUUAGAAGUGGCAGAGGUGAGGGUCAAAGAACGGGGUCCCAGGGCUAGCAGAGAGGAUUGUGUCUCUGUUGAGGAGCCGCUCUGCCAGUCUUUGCUGGUCCAUAGGCGUGAGAAUUUAUUUUUGUACAAGGGGUGGGGGUGGGGGGCACUGUACCCUUCUAGCCCCAUCAGGGGCCCUGUAGACGUUGCUAUUUUUGGUACGAUUCCUGUCAUCCCUGUCGCAGAGUCGUGUCCCCAAUAAACAGGUGUCUUGAGGCA